AUGGCAACGGAUGACGCUACAGCAAAUCAUAGCUGGAUUGGAGACAUCAUAUGUCUUAUGAGCGCGACUUCAUAUGCAGUAUGUAAUGUAAUAGAGGAGCAUCUCGUCAGCCAUCACACGACAGCCGAAAUUCUAGGCAAAGCAGGUCUACUAGGAUCACUGAUGUGUGGAAUACAAGCAUUAUAUUUUGAAUAUGAUACUGUGAUAAGCACACAAUGGACUUUAGGCAGUGGUCUAUUGGUUGCAGGCUAUGUUCUCUGUCUCUUCACAAUGUACUCGCUUGUGCCCACAGUCUACAGAAUGACAAGUGCCACUUUUGUCAACAUGAACCUGAUCACGAACAAUUUUUAUUCAUUACUCGUUGGAUUAUUCUUUCUGAAUGCAAAGAUGCCUCCGUUUUAUUUAGUGGCAUACAUAUUGGUCAUAACAGGUGUUAUAUCCUACAGCUUAGCGCCUUCAACAACAGAUAAUGACAGCGAAGAACAUAGACAGAUUCUUAAAUCAUCAGACCAUUCGAUAAUAUCCUAUACCUAG